AUGUCGGGUUCCUCACCAUUUAAGAUGCGACUAGUUCAUCUGGACCUGAAAGGAGCCCCACCAAAGGUCUGCUACCUCUCGGAGAUUUUCCCCCUGUUCCGUGCCCUGGGUGCAAAUGGCGUCCUCAUUGAGUAUGAAGACAUGUUUCCCUAUGAGGGCCACCUGAGGCUGCUGAGGGCCAAGCAUGCGUACAGCCCUUCCGAAAUCAAAGAGAUCCUGCACCUGGCCACACUGAAUGAGCUGGAGGUCAUUCCCUUGGUGCAGACAUUUGGGCACAUGGAGUUUGUGCUGAAGCAUGAAGCUCUUGCUCACCUCCGGGAAGUGGCACGUUUCCCCAAUACCCUGAACCCCCACAAAGAGGAGUCCCUGGCACUGGUCAGAACCAUGAUCGACCAGGUAAUGGAGCUGCACCCUGGCGCCCGGUGGCUCCACGUCGGCUGUGACGAGGUCUACUACCUUGGAGAGGGUGAGACCUCAAGACAGUGGUUGCAGCAGGAGCCCAACAGCAAAGCAGAGCUGUGUCUGUCCCACAUGGAGACAGUGGCCAGCCAUGUGCGGGCCCGGUACCCCACCACAACACCCCUGAUGUGGGACGACAUGCUGCGGGACAUCCCCGAGGACCAGCUCUCAGGGUCAAGGGUGCCGCAGUUGGUGGAGCCUGUGCUCUGGGACUAUGGGGCUGACCUGGACAUCCACGGCAAAGCGCUCCUUGUGGAGAAGUAUCGGAAGAGCGGCUUCUCCUGGCUCUGGGCCGCCAGCGCCUUCAAGGGGGCCACAGGAGUGAACCAGAGCCUCACCCCCAUUGAGCACCACCUCAGAAACCACCUGCAGUGGCUGCAGGUGGCGGGCAGCGUGCCAGCGGACACACUGCAGGGCAUCAUCCUGACUGGCUGGCAGAGGUAUGACCACUUCUCCGUGCUGUGCGAGCUGCUGCCCGUGGGAAUCCCAUCCCUGGCCGUCUGUCUGCAGGUGCUGCUGCACGGAGACUUUGCUGAAAAUGUCAAAGCAAGAGUGGAGAACUUUCUUGGGGUUUCGAGCCUGGAGGAAAUGGAUUUUAGGAGUGAGGGCGCCGGCUCCUUCCCUGGCAGCAACAUCCUGGCCCUCGUCACACAAGUCAGCCUCCAUCUGUGCGGCUCCGUGGACGCGCUGCUGGAGAGGGACAGGUACGUGACCGGUUGGUUCAGCCCCUACCAUCGCAGGAGGAAGCUCAUCCACCCCGUCAUGAUCGAGCACAUCCAGCCCCAGGCACUCAGUCUCCUGGCCAGGUGGAACACCCUUGCAGGGGAGCUGGAGGCUGCCCUGCAGCGUGUCUUCUACCCGGACACGGUGGAGGAGUGGCUGGAGGAGAACGUGCACCCCAGCCUGAGGCGGCUGCAGGCUCUGCUACAGGACCUGGGUGAGGCGGCCGGCCCCAGGCGGGACUCAGGUCAGGACCCCUGA